GAAGAAAAUAUGACUGUAACAGAGGAUUUUAGUAGAGUAGAAAAUACUUACCAAAUGGAAGCAGAGGUCUGUAUCGUAUUCAGUGACUUUGGAAAAAUGCAGAAUGUUUGCAAUCUACUCAUUGAAAAGUUAGGAACCUCUGUUACCAUCAGCCCACCCCAUUUGUACCAUACACCAGAAGCCUUGGACACCCUUCGCCGUCAAGUCUGCGUUGCUGCUGUUGGGAACACCCGACGGAAAGCCCAGGAAGUCUGCCGGCUCUUUGGCCAGUCAUUGGGAAAACCUUUAUUAAUAAAAGAAGAAGAAACAAGAGAAUGGGGAGGCCACACUGAGAGUCACCUGCCCAACGCCCCAGAUUCACUGACUCUGCAGGAAAGAAUCCAGAAUGCUACAGCUUAUGCUUCUUGUAGAGUGUUUGCUGUGUUUGAGAUAAAGGGAAAAGAAAACAGAAGAAACAAGUUGCUCUAGACAUUUUCAAACCCUACAUAUUAAUAAAUUUUUCAUGCUUUUUUAA